AUGAUCGUGUCCAACCUGAGUCUGAGCACUUGCGCGCGGUCUGAGAGCGUGUUGUGCUCCAGUGCCGGGGACGGAUAUCUGGAAGAUACUUCACAUCGCACUCUAAGCCCGACUGGACACUUGGUGGUUGCAGUAUGUCUGGGCUUCAUAGGAAGUCUUGGAUUCCUCAACAACCUGGUGGUGCUGGUUCUGUUUUGUCGCUACAAACUGCUGCGUUCCCCCAUUAAUCUCCUGCUGAUUAAUAUAUCGCUGAGCGAUAUGCUGGUGUGCGUGCUCGGAACUCCGUUCAGCUUCGCCGCCAGCACACAAGGACGGUGGCUUAUUGGGGCGCGUGGUUGCGUGUGGUAUGGCUUCGCAAACACUCUGUUCGGCAUUGUGUCCCUGAUAUCCCUGGCGGUGUUGUCGUACGAGCGCUACAGCACCAUGCUGGGCUCCACCGAGGCCGACUCCACUAACUACCGCAAGGUGUCUGUUGGCGUGGCCCUCUCCUGGCUGUACUCCCUCGGGUGGUCCGUGCCACCCCUGUUUGGCUGGAGCCGCUACGGCCCGGAAGGUCCUGGCACCACCUGCUCUGUGAACUGGACCACCAAGACGGCCAACAACAUCUCCUACAUCAUCUGCCUGUUUGUCUUCUGCCUGCUGCUUCCCUUCAUGGUCAUUGUCUUCUGCUAUGGGAAGCUGCUGCAUGCAAUUAAGCAGGUGAGCGGGGUGAACCGAGCGCUGGGUCGCAAGCGUGAGCAGCGCGUGUUGCUGAUGAUCAUUAUCAUGGUGGUGUGCUACCUGCUCUGCUGGCUGCCCUAUGGCGUCAUGGCCCUGCUGGCCACCUUCGGGCCUCCAGGCCUGGUAACCCCCGAGGCCAGCAUCAUCCCCUCCAUCCUGGCCAAGACCAGCACAGUCAUCAACCCCAUCAUCUACAUAUUCAUGAACAAGCAGUUCUACCGGUGUUUCUAUGCCAUGCUGAGAUGUACGACGCCUGAGCGUGGUUCCAGCUUCAGGAGCACGUCCCGCGUCAUCAGGCAGAGUAAGAAGGUCCUGCGCCGUACCCAUGACAACAACAUCACCCUCGUGGUGGCCUCUGGGGGGCCUGCCACCUCCACUGUACCCAACCCCAUGGAGGGUGGCCCGGGCCCGCUGAGCUCCGAAAUCACCACCAAACCAGCCAAAGUCUCUCUUGUGGCCCACUACACGGAAUAAUUACCAGGGGAGGGCCCCAGUUCCACCCACCGCG